AUGUCAUCGCAGCGUGUGUCAUUUCAGCGCGAUAGCAACGGAGCUCCCCCGAUUGAACUUCAGCCUACCGGUGUCCCAGCGGACCACUCCGACCGGAACCACCCUCAUUUCCCCACUGAUGCAGAAGCUCAACUCCCACCGCGUCCUUCCUACGCAACGCGCUCUUGUUUGACCAAGAGGUUUCUUUGGAUCAUGUUCGGCUCAGUUUUCGCAUUGAACUGUCUCAUCGGCGCUGCCUUCCUCGGCAUCAAGCUGGGGACUGACAAAGCAAUCGCGGACAAUCAGAAGUCUGAAGGCAGAGUCAUAUACGUGAUCACCACCAUGGUUUCUACGAUCAGCAUGACCCAGGUCAUUCCAACUCCUACGAUUUCCACUGUGACGCAGUCACUGAGCAUCAUCGGCACUGACCUCUUCCCGACGCCUACGCCUUCUAAAAGCCCCUGUACUAGUUACGGAAGCUGGCCGACGCUGGCGGAAUGCAAGGGGAAUUGUGGUGUUCCGGGCAAUAUGACAGCUUGUGGUGUGUGGUCUGGCGGUUUCACCUGUGUAGUGUGUCCACUGACGCAGGCAAAGGCUAGCUAUUAUCUUCCUCACAACUGA